UGUUUUUAGAUAAUAAUUUUUGAAUAUGGCUAAAUUAAAAACGAAAAAAGGAAACACCAAAUCAACAUCUAAGCUGAAACUUAAAAAUAAGUUUGUUAACAAACAGUCGAAAGCUAAUAGACUAUAUAAAGUUAAUAAAAAGACUGGAGCAAAAAAAACAAUUAACAUACCUAAAAAUGUUGCUAAAAAAGCAAGCAUUGUUCAUUUGGAAAAAAAUGGCUUUGAUCCAUCUGAUGAAGACCUGCAGUUUUCUGAUGAGGAAAUGGCAGAAUUUGUUAACGAAAACUCAAAUCAAUUGUCUUUUUUGUCUUCAAAUCUGUUAAGUGAUAAACAAAAUGGAAGGAGGAAAAGAAAAGAUGAUGGUGUUGUACCUGAAUUUGAAAAAACUCCAAGAUUAUCAAAUAUAACCAUAUCUGAAGAGAAUAAAAACAAAAAAAUUGAUUUGUUGCCAUAUAAAGGAGACAAGGGAAUUAUUUUACGACAAGCCGAUAGAAUUGAGCCAGUCAUAAUUUUAGAGGAAGAAGUUUCACCCCAUUUUACAACACCUGAGAAGAAUACUGUGGUUCAAGAACUUAGUGCAAUAGAACAAAUGGCAAAGUACAAUGCUGAUAUUAAUAACAAAAAAAUUGAGAUAGCUCAUAUUUCACAAAGUGUUAUAGAAAAUCCAGAGGAGAAUAUUGCCAAGUUAAAAGUGCUUAUUACUUAUUGUAAAAAAGAAAAUCCUUCUGUAAUACGAAAACUAUCAUUUUUGUCUUUGCUUGAAGUAUUUAAAGAUAUUAUUCCCAGCUAUAGAAUUAGAGAACUAAGUGAAGAAGAAAAAACUGCCAAAAUCAGUUGGGAUGUUAAAAAAAUUCGUGAAUUUGAGGAAUGUUUAAUUACAAGUUAUCAGUCAUACUUGCAAAGUCUAGAGGACACUUUAAAAGACUGUUUAAAAAUGUUGAAUAAAAAUAGUAAAAUAUCUUUAUCUAUCAAAAAAAAGCUUUCGAAGCUUGCUGCUUUGUGUACAAAAUGCUUCUGUGAGCUCCUUGAAAGUGCAUCACAUUUUAAUUUUCGAACUAACAUCAUAGCUAUAAUUGUACCUAAAAUGGAGUUAUCUGAUGAUCUUUCAGAGGCUGGAAUAAAUUGUUUUAAUACAAUAAAGAAUAUUUUCUGCAAUGAUUCAGUUGGCGAUAUUUCAUUAGAAGUUGUAAAGUUUAUUAAUAAACUUGUCAAAUCUAAGCCAAAUGUGAAAUCACAGGUUUUAGAAACCUUUUUAUAUUUACGUAUUAACGCAGAUGCUCUUAAAAUGGCAGCUGUACAAGGUAACAAGAUUGAAAGACUAAAACAAAAGCAUGAGGCUAUGAAGAAGAUGUCUCGUAAGGAAAAAAAGAGAAAAAAAGUGGAAGAUAAGUUAAACAAAGAAUUACAAGAAGCUGAAGCAGUAGAGAGUGAAGACAAAAUACAAAAAGCUCAAACAGAACUUAUCAAGUUUGUUUUUGUUACAUACUUUCGCAUACUAAAGCAUGGUAAUAAUUUAAAUCUUCUGAGUGUUGUACUGCGAGGCUUGUCAAAAUUUGCCCAUCUUAUUAAUAUUGAGUUUUUUGAUGAUCUCAUGAAUUGUUUACAGAGUUUAUUAUUAAAAGAGAAUUUAGGAAUAAGUGAGCGUUUGCAUUGUAUUUCAACUGCUUUUAAAAUACUGUCUGGCCAAGGAGAUGUUCUUGUGAUUGAUCCACGAAACUUUUAUACAGAACUUUAUAAUCUUUUGCCAUUCAUUGGGGCAGAUAUGGAUGAAAAGAAUGUUCACUUAGCACUAGAAUGUCUAGAUAUGAUGCUACUAAAAAGAAGGAAGCAGGUUUCAUUGCCACAAGUUCUUGGUUUUUUCAAGCGUUUGUCAACCAUGCUGCUUCAUUUAAAUGUAGAACAAAUGCUUGACUUCUUAGCUCUUGUUCGAAAUAUAUUACAGUUACACACAAAGUGCGAUUUUCUUUUGGAUAAUGAAUCUUUUGGCAGCGGUUCAUUUCAACCAGAUAUUUCUGAUCCAGAACACAGUAAUGCAGAAAGUUCGUGCUUAUGGGAGUUAACUUUGGCGUGUCAUCAUUUUCAUCAAGAUGUUCGUCUUAUUGCUAACCAUAUAAUGAAUGGAGCUCCAUCCCAAGGGCCUUGCUCUUUACCAAAUAAAGUUUUACAAAGAUUUAACAGCCAACCCGGUAAAGAACAUCAAUACUUUCCCGAAUAUUUAGUUCAAAAGAAACGUUCUACUUUGAGUAAUCUAAAAGACCGUUUUAUGUUCAUAAACUCUUCACUUGAUCAAGUUUUAUCGACAGCUGAAAAGCAAACUAUCUCUUUUAUACAAACUCACCAAUAAAAGAUAUGCAAAAAAUCUUUGCAGAUUAUGCGUAAUAAAUGGUUGUAAUUAAA